AGGGUCUUGUCAUUUGUGUCUGAGGUUAGGGUCUUGUCUUGUGUGUUAAAAAGUCAACACAUUUAAAAUGAAUGGACCAAGCAAAAACAAAUCGGAAGAAAAAUUGAAAAGAAAAGUUGAGAAGAAGCUCCAUAAAGAAAAAAGAAAAAUUCGAAAAUUAGAAAAACAGAUGAUCUUGAAAAAAGAUUUUGAAAAGAAAAAAGAAAAACUUGAAGAACCUGUUCUAGGUGAUGGGAGGUCGUACACAGUGAGUGUUGCUUUACCUGGCUCUAUAUUGGACAACGCACAAUCUCCUGAAUUAAGGACUUACCUUGCUGGUCAAAUUGCUCGUGCCUGCGUUGUCUUUCAGGUUGAUGAGAUCAUCGUAUUUGAUGAAUCUGCAUCCUCAGGCAAAGACUCUUCCACCCAGGGAGACUUUACUGGGGUCGGAAAGAAAGGAAACUGCAACAUCCAACUUGCCAGAAUCUUGCAAUAUCUCGAGUGUCCGCAAUACCUUCGCAAGUCUUUCUUUCCAAAACAUAAAGAUCUUCAAUAUGCAGGAGUUUUAAACCCGCUUGAUUGCCCCCACCACAUGAGGGAGCAAGACAACGCAGAAUUCAGGGAAGGAGUCGUUGUGGACCGACCGAUCAAACCAGGAAAAGGAUCUUUUGUUGAUUGUGGAACUUUAAAAACAGUUCAGAUUGAUAAAGUGUUGCAACCCAAUAUAAGGGUCACUGUUAAAAUUAAAGAACAGAAGAAAAAGUAUAUCUUGGGUGAAGUAGUUCCCCCUCAUUACCCCCGGACGAAGGGGGGCUUGUAUUGGGGGUACAACGUCCGUCUUGCGAACUCUCUAAGUUCUGCUAUUGUUGAUUGUCCGUAUUCAGACACUGGCAAGUAUGACAUUACAAUUGGGACAUCAGAUAAAGGAGAACCAGUUGCUGACUUUAAAAUGCCAACUUUUAAACAUCUUCUGAUUGUAUUUGGAGGGUUACAAGGUUUAGAAGCUGGACUGGAAGCUGACGAAGCUCUAGGAGGCGAUAUAGAGCUAUCUUUGUUGUUUGACAAGUAUUUAAACACUUGUCCCAACCAAGGUAGUCGUACUAUACGAACAGAAGAAGCCAUCCUUGUUACUAUGUCAACCCUGUGGUCACAAAUACUUUCAAAUCAACCUUAAUCAUUAUGCUGAAGUUCUGCCGUUCUUUGUGGAUUGUUUACACUCUGAAUACAGAACUAAUCAGUAAUGUAAAGUUCUCAUUUCUCAAUCAAAGCAAAAAGUUAUAUAACUCUCUUAUGAUGGUCUCUAAAGUUUAAAAAAAGUUUUUUUUGUUUACAACAAGCAACUACCAUGUAUGAGAAGCAGUGGUGUAUUUGCAAAUGAUAAAUAUGGUUCAAGUUUUUUCUAAACAAUUAAAAAAAUAUGGAGUAA